GGCUUGGGCCGGCUGUCAGUAAAGCUCAGCAGGAGCUGUCACUGGAGGGUGGCUGAGCUGUGACUGGCAGCCACAGUCCCUCUCACCAGCCUCUUCACCCGACUUGUUCUGCUGUCAGCUGCAGCGUGGCAGCCUGACCAGCAGGGCAGCUGAGCUUCGCGCAGCAGAGAGCCUUCUCCCUUGCACUGUGGCUGCCGCUGCAGGGCUGCCCCUGGAGCAGCAGCGGUGUAUUUUGUGUAAGUACUGUAAAUGGUGUCAGCCUGUCCUGCCUGCUGCACUUGGGCUGCUUCAGGCCCUCACUGGAGCAGGCACUGUGGAAACGAAAAAUAACAACAGAGAAGAAGAAACCCUGAGCUGGAAACCCUCCUGCCUCCUCUGUCCUGCAGCGUGCACAGCAGGCAGAGUUUGUGUCCUUGAGAUGGUUCCUUACAGCUGUGUUGCAAAGAGCUAAGCCUGCACUUCGUUCCAUGUGACUGCUGCCCGGUAAAGUGGCUUCGAGCAAGACCCUGCAGCCCGGAGGAGCUGCUGCUGCUUCCCCCUCCUACAACACGAAAGCCCCAGGCAGCCAAGCUGUGCUAUCAGAGAACACAGAACGGUCCGGGCUGGAAGGGACCUCUAGAGGUCAUCCAGCAGCCAGCAGGGACUUCCCCACUAGAGCAGCUCACCCAGGGCCCGUCAAGCCUCACCUUGACUGUAACCAUCCUAGGAGAAGCAGCAAUGGGUGUAAGUUGCAGCAACAGAGGCUCCGCCUCAACAGAUGGGGGAACUUAUGACUGGAAGGGUCCCAGAGCACUGAACAGGCUCCCCAGAGAGGUUGUGGAGUCUCCUUCUCUGGGUCCUGUCAAGGCCUGUCUGGAUGUGUCCCUCUGUGGUCUGUGUCAGGCAGAACUGUCCUGCUCCAGCAGGGGUGGGUUGGACUCGAUGACCUCCUUGGGUCCCUUCCCAGCCCUGACAUCCUGUGAGCCUGUGAAAGCAUCUUCCCAGCUGAACAAACGACCCUGCAGUAAGUUUGGGCAUGCUUUUAUGUUACUAAAUACUAAUCAAUCACUUGCAUUAGUAUCAGAUCUGCCUUACACAAAGCCCCUAACGGCCACGCUGAGGAGAGUUCUGCCAGAGGAGCAAACACCCACGGCAGAGCUGCGCUGAGGGCUAAACACUUCUUUAUUUCUGUUCACUUUACAGGACAGGCCAACAGCUGGGCACAGAUGAAAGCCCCUCGAGUGGACCCUAACCACAGGAGCUGAGCCGUCCUGCGUUUCUGCUCUGCUCCUGCUGCCCCCUGGGCUCCGUGCAGCCCCGCGUCACAAUGGGGCAUGGCGCCGGGACACGCCGGCGCUUGUGACCUCAGCGGGCCAGUGCCUGCCGAGGGAAUGGCUCCGCCAGAGGGAAUCCUCUCAUCCGAGGAGAUCUGCCUGGAGUGGCAGCAGAGACAGGGCCCUGGAGCUGGCCUCUACAACAUGGGCGAGACCUGCUUCAUCAACUCUGUCCUGCAGUGCCUGACCUACACCCCCCCUCUGGCCAACUACUUCCUCUCCGGGCUGCACAGGCGCUCCUGCCAGCAGCAAGUCUUCUGCAUGAUGUGCACGAUGGAAGCACACAUCUGUGACGUCCUGCAGGCUGCAGGCAGCAUCCUGGAGCCCCUGAGUGUCCUCGAGAGCCUCCAGUGUGUUGGAGAUCUGUUCCUGGAUGGCAGGCAGGAGGAUGCACACGAGUUCUUCUGCUUCCUGCUGAUGGCCAUGCAGGCAGCGUGUCCAGCUGAGAGCAGCAGCCUGGAGCUCUGCUUGCCCUCCAGGAACAUCAUCCAGCAAAUAUUCGAGGGCCUUCUGAGAUCCAGACUCACCUGCCUGAGCUGCGACGCUGCCUCCGAUUCCUACGAGCCCUUCCUGAAUGUCCCUUUGGAUAUCGGGGGAGCCUCAUCUGUCAGCGCAGCUCUGCAGGCCUUCGUGCAGCCGGAGCUGCUGGACGGAGCAAACUGCAUCAGAUGCAGGAGCUGUGACACUGUGGCUGCAGCCUCCAAGGGGUUCAGCAUCCAAGACGCGCCCCCGGUCCUGACGCUGGCUCUGAAGAGGUUUGGCAUGACCGGCAGAAAGCUCAGCAAGGCUGUGGAGUUCCCCCUGAGCCUGGACCUUCGCCCAUACAUGUCCCAGGCACGGGGAGAGCCGUGCCUGUACAGCCUCUACGCUGUGCUGGUGCACAGAGGCGGCGGCAGUGCCAGCGGGCACUACUUCUGCUACGUAAAGGCCAGCAACGGGCUGUGGUACCGGAUGGACGACACCUCCGUGACGCCCUGCGCCGUGGGCACCGUGCUGCGGCAGCAAGCCUACCUGCUGUUCUACGUCAGGUGCUCUGCUCCAGGCACUGCAGAGAGCACUGCUGCAUCUCCAGCGUCACCACAGGCAGAGCACCUUAGUGCCUGUGAGGCUGGCAGUGGGCAGCUGGCUUCUCCCCACUGCCAGAGAGGCAACGGUGCCAGGAAGAGGCUGCGGAGCAGAUCCUCGCAGCAGGACAAUGAUCCCUGUGGCAGCGCUUCCACGGACACCACAGGCUGCAGCCCACCAGCAGGGAGAAGGAGGAGGACUGAUCCUCCAAACCCUGACGGUGCUCCCGGGGAAGUAGCAACAGCAGCUCCUUCCCCUGACAGCCCCCUCCCCUGA